AAAGGCCGCCCCCUCCCCCCGCAGCCACACAGUCAACCCACCGGAUCGAGCGCAGACCUGAGCCGCCUUCAGCCCCCACCCCCACCUCCCCUCUCUCUGCCUGACCUGAAGGAAGGAAGUGAGAUCCCCCGCUUCUGUGCCGUCAUCCCAGCCGACUGCCUGAGAUAUGGGCUCCCCGUAAAAGGGAGGUUGUGGAGGGGAGAGGCGGGCGUGCGGGCGGUGGGAGGGGGGUGGGGGGAGAAUACAGUGGAGCAGCAAGGGGAGGAAGGAAAGACUGAAAACGGCAACCGGGCGCUGCCAUCAACAUCACCGCUACUACAACCACAGCUAGCACCGACACUGACGCUGCCGCCGCCGCCCUGGGUGCUCCCCGCCACCGCGAUGGGAACUCCGCAUCAGUCGCUACAACCACAGCUUUGUCCGUGGGCCAUGCCGUGAUCCGUGGGCUCCGCCAACGGGUUUUUUAUCCGUGAUCCCUACCGAGGAAGAAGAGAAGGGGGGAAGGUGGUUGUGGUGAGGAAGAUGUUCGCCUCGGUGGGCCCUCGGGGCGGCCCGCGUCCACCCGUCGCCCCGGCCAUUCCGGAGCCGGACCUUAGCCAUCUGACAGAAGAGGAGAGGAAGAUCAUCAUGGCUGUGCUGGAUCGGCAGCGGGAGGAGGAGGCGAAGGAGGAGGCCAUGUUAAAAGAAGAGAAGCCUAUCCAAGCAAGAACAGUGAACCUGGUUGGGCAGAAGAAACCUCCACAGCAAAACGAUGUCCGAGGCAUCCAGCAGCAGUUGUCCAGCUACAGGGAGACAGUAAUUCGGCAGGCCACGGCUGCGGCAGGCUCGGCUGUUCACCGGGACGAUGCUCCAACUUGUGGCAUCUGCCACAAGACCAAGUUCGCAGAUGGCUGUGGAAACCUGUGCUCGUAUUGCCAGACUAAGUUCUGCGCCCGCUGUGGGGGGCGAGUCUCCCUGCGAUCCAACAUGGUGAUCUGGGUGUGUAAUAACUGCCGGAAGCAGCAGGAAAUCCUCACAAAGCCAGGCGAGUGGUUCACCAGUCCGUCUGGAAAGCCAGCUGGGCUUGGUUCAGCUGUCAGCGAGCCGUCUGUGUACCAAACACCUGGGGAUAAGAAGCUCAGAUCUCACUCCCAAGUACCUCCGGGCUCCACCAGCACAAUACAAGAUGCCAACCGAUCUAGUGCACCCAGGACCACUCUUGGCACCGAUGGACGAUCACGUAGUGAACCACCACGAGACUCGAGAAAUGGACGGGGAGGUGGAGGGGCAGGUCGGGGAGAGCGGUGGCCAGGGCAGCCCAGGCUGCAAACCCAGGUCUCCAUGGACCGGGACCUCCGGGGGGAGUCCAGGGAGUGCCGAAGGCUGACCAAGGGACGCUCUCUCGAGCAUGAUCCGGUAGGAGGAGUUGGUGGAGUAAGACAGACAGAGGAGGGGGGCUACCACCACAUGGACCAUAGCAGUGGCCCCCCUCACCAAGCAGGGCCCAUCCCUACUGGAGGCCAGGGACACCCUGUGCCUGUACCAGGUUGUGACAUGGGUGUAGUAGGGGAGGUUGGGGAUGGUGCUCGGCCUGCUCAGAGGACGUUGGGUGGGGUUGGUGGGCCACAUGAACACAUCCUUGCCCAGCAAGCCCCUCCCCCUCAACUCACAGAGCCCUCUACUUCGGGCCCUGGUUCAGCCCCAGACCAUGGACCUGCAGUGAGACGGACCAAACGGGAGAAGGCUGAGAGUAUGCUGCGCAAUGAUUCACUUAGUUCUGACCAGUCAGAAACUCUGCGUCCGCCACCACCAAGGCCCUACAAGUCAAAACGGGGGCUGGGAGCCGGGGGGAAGAGACAAACCAGCGUCAGCAGCUCAGAGGAGGAGGGAGGGACCACACCUGAGUACAGCAGCUGUGAGGAUGCUGAGAUCGAGAGUGUCAGCGAGAGAGGCGACUGGGAGUGCUACCCACAUGACCCCACUGUUUGGCAUCAUCCUGUAACCUGGCAGCCAUCAAAGGAGGGAGACCAUCUAAUUGGACGAAUCACCCUCAGCAAGAGGAGCACUGCUAUGUCUAAAGAAGCUGGUGCUCUGCUGGGGUUAAAGGUGGUGGGAGGCAGAGUAACAGAGUCGGGGAGAUUAGGUGCCUUCAUCACUAAAGUCAAGAAAGGAAGCCUUGCUGAUGUGGUGGGACAUCUCAGAGCAGGGGAUGAGGUUUUGCAGUGGAACGGGAAGUUGUUACCGGGGGCGACCAUGAAGGAAGUCUACAACAUCAUCCUGGAGUCUCAAGCUGAGCCUCAAGUGGAGCUGGUGGUAUCCAGGCCUAUUGGGGUGUAUAGAAAAUAUCAUGAUAUCCCAAGAAUCCCCGACACAUCCCACCCUCCAUUAGAAUCUACAGGUUCCAGUUCUUUUGAGUCCCAGAAGAUGGAGAGACCAUCCCUAAAUGUCCUAUCUCCCUCUAGUCCCGGAAUGGUCCAAGAUGCUCCACAGUUAAUGCCAGGGCAGCUUUCAGUGAAGCUGUGGUAUGACAAAGUGGGUCACCAGCUAAUAGUAAAUGUGCUACAGGCUGUAGAGCUUCCUCUUCGGCCUGACGGGCGGCCCAGGAGCCCCUAUGUAAAAAUGUACUUCCUCCCUGACCGCAGUGACAAGAGCAAACGAAGGACAAAGGCAGUGAAGAAGACCUGUGAACCCAAGUGGAACCAGACAUUCAUCUACACUCAUGUGCAUCGCAGGGAUUUUCGUAACCACAUGCUGGAGCUGACUGUGUGGGACCAACCCAGGUCACCAGAGGAGGACAGCACCUUUAUGGGAGAGAUCUUGAUUGAGCUGGAGACAGCCUUAUUAGAUGACAAGCCUCACUGGUAUCCACUCCAAACCCAUGAUGUCUCAUCCAUACCACUGCCCCGACCUUCCCCAUACCUGCCCCGACGACACAUACACGUAGAUGCUCCUGGAAAGAAGCUGCAGUGUUCUCAGCUUGUAACAGAGCCUGAAUUUGAUGAGAGUACAGCAGUAGUGUCUAAAGCAGAUGGGCAUGGCAGGGAGAGGCAACGAGAGUCUACAUCUACUCUGGCGAUACCAGAGCAACAGAGGAUGCCCAACCAUCACAUACGUUCCCGCUCAGUCUCCCCGCACCGCGAGGAAGAGGGGCGCAACCGCUCACGACCACCCAGCGUUCCCACCCAGAGGAGCCUAGAUGAUGAGCUACCUCACACGCGUCGUUCUCGUUCCCCGACCCGCUACUAUGAUGCUGCCAGAGGUCACCAGCAGCGGGAAGAGUACCUCGAUGACAGUGAGAUCAUCAUGAUCCACCACUCAAUGCGAGGCAAAAGUGCUGAAUGCCUCCACACCAGUGAUCUUCAGCCUUCUCUGGACAGGGUUAGGAGUGCUAGCGCCCACUGUCUGACUCCAGACAGUCAUGCUCAUUCACCAGAGACUGAAAGAAAAUCUUUGCCAAAUUCCCUGCCCCGGAGGCGUCCGGCAAGUCCCAGGAUUCUUAUUCAACAUGCUUCCCCUGAAGAAGACAGGCAGCCUCGGACCCUGGAAACACCUGAGUGUCAGACUCUUGCCAGGAAGCUUUCUGACAUUGGCAGGGGCCACCUCCAAGGUGAUGCGUCUCUUCCCUCCUCAGUGACGUCCUCAUCAGCUCGCAGAAUGAGGCAACUCCCACAGCUUCCCCCUAAGAGCAGUACCGUAGGACAAGCCCUUGUAGCAGAGGAGCGUGUUCGUCAGCUCCAGAUGAGGGUUCAUUCCAACCGGGUGUCAGCUGCCACCACGUCCAGCCAACAGGACCUGGACAGAGCACUCAAGAACAAACGGGAGCUCUACAAGGAUCAGAGAAAGAGCAGUGAAAAUGUUUCCCAUAAGUCCUCAGACAGUGAUGUCAGUGACGUGUCAGCCAUCUCUCGAACCAGCAGUGCCUCUCGCAUCAGUAGCACCAGCUACAUGUCUAUUCAGUCAGAGAGACCCCGGGGUCGCUUCGGCCGGGCCAUGCGUGCAACGGGCCGUCACAUGAUGAAGAGCACCAGUGUGAGUGGUGAGAUCUACGGCAUGGAGCAUGCUGAUGGCAGCCAGUCAGACACGGCGCUUGGGAGUCUGGGGAGUGGGAUCAAGAAGCGGCGCUCCAGCCUCAGCCAACGGGUGGUUGCCAUCCUGCCAUCCAGACGCAGCCGGAGUACCUCGCAACUCAGUUUGACAGGUCAGAGAGCAGACCCUCCAGAGCCUCAGCCAGCACCACGCCAGCUGCAGCCACCUCAGCCUGUUCCAGAGAUGCAGUCUCCACAGGCCCUCCGGCCUGGGCAUGGUGGUGUCCCUGCUGACUCCCUAAAACCCUGGUGUGCCAACAAAGAUGUCCCCACCAGGCCCUGCACUAGCGGGCAAGCCCGGCGGCAGCAGCAUUCGAAUCGGCAGGCCAGCAGAGAGUCAACUGAUGGCAGCAUGAACAGCUACAGCUCUGAGGGGAAUCUGAUCUUCUCAGGGAUGCGGUUGGGUGCCGACAGUCAGUUCAGUGACUUUUUGGAUGGUUUAGGUCCUGGUCAGCUAGUUGGCCGGCAAACACUGGCAACACCUGCCAUGGGUGAUGUCCAGAUUGGUUUGAUGGACAAGAAAGGCCAGUUGGAGGUGGAGGUGAUCAGAGCACGAGGCCUUACCCCCAAACCAGGCUCCAAAUCUCUCCCAGCUCCCUAUGUCAAGGUGUACCUGCUGGAUAAUGGAACUUGUAAAGCCAAAAAGAAAACUAAGAUUGCACGAAAGACCCUGGAGCCACUCUACCAGCAGCACCUGCUCUUUGAAGAGAGUCCUCAGGGCAAGGUGCUUCAGGUGAUAGUAUGGGGUGACUAUGGACGAUUGGACCACAAAUGUUUCAUGGGUGUAGCACAGAUUCUAUUGGAGGAGCUGGACCUCUCAAGCACGGUGAUUGGCUGGUACAAACUGUUUCCUCCAUCCUCAUUGGUGGACCCUACAUUAGCUCCGCUCACGCGCCUGGCGUCUCAGACGUCAUUGGACAGCUCAGGACUGCCGCCGGGCGUUCGGUCCUAGUGACCAGAUGGCGACCACCCCCUAGCCAGACGGAGAGACAGGGAGAGAGAGUUAGAGAGGGAGAGACAGAACUAGCCAGUCAAAGCUUAUCUGGAAUCUGACAAUCACAUCCCACACCUUCCCUCUUCCUCCUCCUGACACCUUUUUGUUUUCACAGCUUUGCUUUCUCCUCUGAACUGCAGCAGUGGAAGUUUGUCUUCACUUCUCUGUACUGUUUCUUCCUUUCUUUUGUUGUUACUUUCUUGUGCAGUUCCUACCAGAGCACCAGAUCAAAGCAGAGUCUGCCACUCAGUAGCCCCUCCAGCCAAUCAGAGUAGAGCAUAGGCCAGAGGGAUGAGUGGUAUAAACAGUGUGUGACAGUUAGAACUUAGCAAGCUUCAUGCAGCUGUGCUGUCAAAUAGAGGCCGGCUGUCGUCUCUACUGUGCUACCAUGGUAACAGUGAAUUGUAAAUGAAAUCGAGGCAUAGCAGUUUGUCUUUAGGUGACGUGAGCCUGCACAAGCACGUGCACAUUUUUAGCUUAGUUAUGAGAAAUGAAAGCAAGCACAAGAAAAGCUUGACUCCUUUAUUUGGACAGAGACAAACAGAGGUUUUGCUCUUUUUCUAAACAAAGAGGAAAGAAAAUACAGGCCAAAUUAACUAUUUGCUUUUUUUUAAAUUGGAAUAUUUUUUCUGUCUUUUUGCUAGAGUUCAGAACGGUACCUUAAGGUGCAGACUCCCUCUGUGUAGGUGUAAGUUUGGUUUUUGAGCGAUAGUGCGCCAAAGGCCAACAACAAAGGUCAGGUCACAUUCGCCGGAACACCCUUCACCCAACCCUAAUCUCUGAAACCAACUCGUCAAACUCCCCCUGUAGGAGGGAGCAGCAUGACUCGGGGCUGACCUGCCCCGGCCACAAGCUGCAUGCAUGUUUCUUUUGUUCUGUUUGUUUCUAUUUUUUUCCUGUUCUCUACUUUUUUGUAACAUUGAUGAUGAGACAAAUUAACAAGCAAUUCUCAAAAAACAAAAAGAGAAAAAAAAAGACUAGACUCUGUGUGUUAGUUCCACAUACAGUACUUUUAGGCCAGCUUGUGUGUUGCAUGUUCUUGUACAGUUUGCUCGUACUGAAUAUGAAUACAAACAGAGAAAAGCCAAGCCAUCCCCGCCCCCUCACAGGAGCAGACCUACAGGGGGGGAUCAGCUCAGCCCAGGCUAUGCCUACCACUCUGGGUCUAAAUAUCCAUGUUAGAAAGUCUCUGAAAAAGUUCCUUUUUUUCACUUUUACUUUGAACCCUUUCAACAACAGUGCUGUUCUUAAGUACUGAAUAUAUUUGAGCCCCUGGCAUAUCUGAGGAUGUAGGUGUCUAAACUGUAGUUUAAGACAGUUGGGGCUAGAGACAGAGAUAGAGAAUGUGUGUAUAACAGCUAAAUGUAUAUGAAGUAUCCUUAUGCGUUUGACAGAAAUUAUAAAGAUUUAGAUAUAUGAAUAUAAAAAGAGUGUAUUUGACUGUACACCCGUCACGUACACACACACACGCACACCUUGUACAUACAAAUCAGGAUGAGCAACUUGAACUUAAGUUAUGAACAUCCAAAACAUUGCUGACACACAAACAUUCCUAGUUUUUCCAAGGAGAAUUUGCGUCCGUUUAAUGUGCUCCAGCUGCUGAGCGGCACCGAGCCACUAGAGGGUGCUAAUAUGCCUUUAUUUUUGUCCCAGUUGCAGAAAAAUAAGCAGAACCAAUUAGAGGGAAAAAAGAUUUCUUCUCUUCAAAUCCCUUUCUCUGUUUAUUACUAUUGGUUUGGACUGGACUUCUAAAGCCAAUGAGAAAUAUGGUUUUGCAGACAUAUUUUGAGGAUGUUUCUGUUGAAGUCUUUGGAGUGUGGUCAACCGCCCUUUCCUUUGUCAGUAUUACUCUAGGAAUACUGAUUGUUUACAGCCCACGGCUCCCCACUCCCAAACCACGAUUCUAGAUGAAAGAUGAAGUAUUCACUGCAACAAUUCUUGUUUGUAUAACAGAUGUGGCUCUACUGAUGUGUAUGUUUUAUAUUCAAGAGUUCAUUUUUAUUAUUUACAAAUAAAAGACUGUGUGGAAAAA